CAAACUCAAAGUGAUAAUUAAUCUUUUUCUUAUGUAGGAGAGAGAGAAAGAAAAGGAUAAAAAAUACUCUCUCUUAAACAAGAUCUUCAUCACCCAACCACAGGAAAAUCUUUUCCGACGACCCAUAAUAACUUUCCGGCCAGAAAUGGAACCAAAAGUGUUAGAUAAUCGUAACAACGACGAUAAUGGUAGUAGUAACAAUAAUAGUAAAAAAAAUAUUGAUAAUUUUGGGAUACAAUGGACCAACGAAAAACACUCCAAUUUCUUGCGAGUGAUGGAAGCAAGAUUUGUGCGGAAUAUGUUGGAGAAGAGCAUCAUCAACAAUAAUGUUGCACACCUUACAAAUUCACGGCUUGACCGUUUUGUCCCUGAUAUGUCUGAGUCUACCCUUGAUUUGUGUAAAUUAGAUCGAGUGAACAGGAGCUGUAACAGGCAAAAGGAAAGACCAACUAUUCGUCCUUAUAAAAUGUCACAUGAUCAGGUGGUGCCACAGUUCAAGAACAAAGAGUGAAUUAAGCCACAAUAAGUGAUGUGAAGCAUAACCUACCAGAAUGCUGCCUCUUCAAUGAACUUCAUUUUCUGGACAGACAUAGAUGAUUUUUUUUUUCUUUUUGGUAAUAGUGAGAACAUAUAUAGUACACUAAUAGAUGAUUAGAUUUCGAUCAUUUGGAUUAGAUCCGUUCGAUAUAGCGUGGAUCUGUUAAAAUUCGGUCACUGGACCCGUCAAGAUUCUUGAAUAAACUAGUCCGAUGUAUUAGAGUCGGUCCAAAUUCUCAA